GGCGUCAAAUAGUAAAUAAGUGGAGCCGGCUUAUUUGUAACAGACACUUAUUUAUUUUAAAUAAUCCCUCUCUAAAACGCCAUGCAUUAUACUUAUAUUAGCAUACUAAUUUUUUACUCUGAAAUAAUAAAGACUAAUUACCUACGACUAAUGUAAAAAGUUUUGAGUAACUUACAUGCUAAGGAAACAAAGUGAGAAAAAUUCGUUGCGAUAUUUGGUAUUUGAUUUUUUUAGCUUUUUGAAACAAUCGCACCGACUUACACUAUUUUGCGUACUUAUCUAUUAACAAAAACUUCUCCAAUCAUCAAUUCCAAAUUUUGGAAAAAGAUAACAUACGCAAGAUUAAUUCUGAAUUAGGAAGAAAAUCAAAUCUAAUUCAUAGCAAUACUUAUCGCGUGGCACACCUUUGACACGGGAUCAUAAAAUAGGAAAUACUAUUGUUUCACUACGGCAAUGCGCAGUAUAUUAUUAACCGUUUAGACGACUUAAAAUAGUGUCAUGGCUAAUGCUGAAGUUCCACAUGUGCCCGUAUUUAUUGAUGACGAAAAUGUUGAGAAAGGAUCAAGAGAUGUAAUAAAACAAAUUAGACCUCACUGGGAUUUUGAAGAUACAAAGUUCAAGUUGUUUACAGAUGGAAUUACCAAUAAAUUGAUUGGUUGGUUCUCUGGAGAUGAUGGCAUACUUGUGCGAAUUUAUGGAAAAAAUACUGAUAGGCAUAUAGAUCGAGAGGCUGAACUUAGGAAUUUCAAAAUCUUAUAUUACGCCGGUCACGCUCCUGACUUAUACGCUACAUUCGAAAAUGGUAUCAUUUACAAGUUUAUUGAAGGCGAAACGCUGGACACUGUGACAGUAAGAGAACCAAGUAUUUAUCGAAUGGUUGCCAAAGAAAUGGCAAAGUUUCAUAAAUUAGAUAUUGGUGAUCCUUGGACGACCAAGCCUCAAAUAUGGAAUAAAAUAGAUCUUUACUUAAAACUCAUCCCGGACACUCUCAGCUCAACUACAAAAGAUGCUCGGUUUAAGAAGGCAUUCCCUUACGGUGUUCAAGGUUUACGGUCUGAAAUUGAAGCCGUGAAACUAGUAGUAGAAAAAAUUAAAAGUCCUACAGUAUUUAGUCAUAAUGAUUUGCUUUUAUCCAAUAUUAUAGUACAGAGAAAUUCAUCAGGAAGACCAAUAAAGAUCUCGUUUAUAGAUUACGAAUAUUCUAUGCCAAAUUGUCAAGCGUUUGACAUAGCAAAUCAUUUUAUAGAAUUCGCUGGGGUUCAAGAUCCUGAUUUUUCAUUAUAUCCUGGGGAAAAGAUGCAAUUAGAUUGGUUGCGAAAUUAUUUAGAAGAAUACCUUGAAAAACCAUUGAUGUUGAACGACCCUGAAAUAAAAAUUCUUAAGCAUCAUGUUGAUAUAUUCGUAAAUGUUUCACAUUUACUUUGGAUUCCGUGGAGUAUAGUACAAGCCGAGUACUCUAAGAUUGAUUUCGAUUACAUCGGAUAUGCUGAAUCUAGAUACAAUGAAUUCAAAAUUUCAAAAAGAAAAAUUAAAGAAAACACAAAUUGAGUUUUGUAUUUCAUCAUUUCAGUAUAAACUUUUUAUAUUCUGUUAGUGGUGGCUUUCUUGAAAACUCAAUUUUAUCGUG